AUGAUGAUCAGACGCCAAAAGGCUGAGGUAAUGAUUGCCGGAGAGCAGCUAAGAUUGCGACUACAUGAUAGCAAGUUGAUAAAGGACCGCAGACACCAUUUGCGAACGUACCCGAAUUGUUUUGUGGCUCAGGAGCUUAUUGACUGGCUGUUUGCUCAUAAAGAAAUGCCUGAUCGAGAGACUGCUGUCCAGCUCAUGCAGCACCUCAUGGAUCGUGAUAUCAUUCAUCACGUGUGUGAUAAGUGGCCCGUGUUCAAAGACGCCAAAUACUUGUACAGAUUCAGAAAGGAUGACGGCACAUUUCCUUUCAACAUAGAGGUUAACAUCUUCAUGCGUGGACAGAGGCUGUAUGAACAUCUGAUUACAAGCAAAGACUCCAUCUUACAGCUAAGACAGGAAAAGGGAGUGGCUUAUGAACGUUCUUUCCCUGGUUACAUGUUAAUUGAUUGGCUGCUACAGAACGGUGAAAUAGAGAGUCGACGGCAAGGACUAGAUCUCUGCAAGGCCCUACUAGAGCAUGGUAUCAUUCAGCAUGUCUCUCUGAAGCACCACUUCUUUGACAGCGGGCUGCUGUAUCAAUUCUGCAUUCACUUUCGCCGGUGGCGCUGUCUUUCUGAACUGUUGCAUGAGACAGAGAAUGAAGAGGUUGACUGUAUAACACACCAAAGCCAAGAAGACCAGGCUGACAGCCCCUUCACACUGCACAAAACUCCUCCAUCUGUGGGCAACAGUUACUUCUUAUCUGUUCAAACUACUAAGGAUUUAAAAGUGCCUACAAAUGGACGACGUGGAAGUUUGACCAACCAGCAGCAUAGUUCACGUGCAUACCCACUCACUGCUUCCCUUACCGCUGCCCUCACAGUACGAUGCAAUCCUACAUCAGUGCUGAAAAGACAUGUAACCUGUGAGGAGCUGUUAUCUCCAGGUGCUCCUUAUGUAAAAAGAGUUCUUACGAUCCUCGGUGAUGCCCUAGGCUGGGGCUUUGUAGUACGAGGAAAAUCACCUUGUUAUGUUCAGGCUGUGGAUCCUGGAAGCCCUGCUGCGGCAGCAGGAAUUAAGGUACGCCAGUUUGUGUGCCGAGUGAAUGGACGCAGUGUGCUUCACCUGGACUAUCGUACUCUUUCAAAGGUGGUGAUGACUGGACCCCGUGUUGUUACUUUGGAAGUGAUGGAACCAGUGGAUUAA